AUGCCAGCACGAGGCAGCCCGCAGCCGUGCAAGCGAUUUGGGACGUUUGGCGAUCCCCACCGCGAGCCUACGCAGGCGGAGCGGGAGUUCUACGCCAGCCUCGCACGUAUUCGAACUAAGAGCAAGGCGGAGCGGGAAAAACUGCCGGUGGAGAAAAAGAGCCAAGAGGACAUCGAGAGAGAAGGCAACAGAGGCGGGACGUCGCAGGAGAAGUCCGCCAACAAGCUGCUCUCAGCCGGCAGGCGCUCCCUGACUCCGGGUACCCCAGAGACAGGCAAUGCACUGGCAGUCCCCUGCCCCCCGCCGCGCGACCACCGCCUCACCGUCCUAUCGGCUGUGGGUCUCCCGAACCGUACUACCCCGCCUGUGUGGGAAGCAAACCGUCAUGAGGCCCGGUCCUGUACAGCAUCGGACGACACUUCUGACUGCAAGCGCACUUCCGAGCGGAGGCGCGGCUUUGGGUUCAAUGAAGAACAUACCCCAGAGGGUCUCUAUAAACCGGUCGAUUCCAUUCUUCUUCCAUCGCGCUAUCGGAGCGCAUCUCCGAGCCAGGAGAGCCCACCCUGUGGGCAGCGCGCACGACGCGUUCUGAGGGGUUCACUGGCAGAUGCCAGUGAGGCGCCCGAACGCGCCUCUGACUUGCCCCUAGCGGCUCAACUCUUGGAAGAGUUGCCACGGAUGAAAGUCACGCUUGCGUCGCAGACGUCGGCGCAGACGUUUCCGAAGAACGGAGCGGUCGACCCGUCAAGCGCCAUGGGCGGGGACGGCAGUUGUGGGAAUAUCGACAUGUCGCGCGUUGCCCACCUCAGUGAGGACGAGAUGGGAAUGGAGAGUCGCAUCGGCCAAGCGCUCGACGCCUUUCACCGCGAACACUCUAGCGGUGGCUCGAUGAUUCGUGGACUGACCAACGAGCAAGUGAAAACGCUCGAGCAGUUGCUCGCGAAGCGGCGUAAACUGUGCAGUGUGGCCGUAGCGGCGCACAGCAGCCCGUCUAAACCACCUGCGCCGCACCCACCAGAAGCUCGCGCCGUCAUCGAGGAGCGCUUAGCAGCUACGGAAGCAUCACCGAAGGCGACGAAAAUCAAUCCAAUGACGAAGCAAGGGACCACCCAAGAGGCAGCAGUCCAGAAGAAAGCAGCACUCAGAAGCCUCCAUAGUGCACCGAUGUCAACGCCACGGGCAGUAGCAGCUGCAGGAGUGGCUUCACUGGCACAGGUAGCAACGCUCCCGCCGCUGGCCAGGGCACCACUAAACGAAGUGGUACCAAAGGCCACACUGGUGCGCGCUCCAUCGCCUUUGUCGGCAACAGAGACGGUUUGUGCUGUACCAUCGCCCACAAUCACACAAUCACACCCAAUCCUGCAUGCCAACGAUACUGGAAGACACAUCUUAACUACUUCAUCUGAAACCAGAAAGCAAGAACACCGCCAAAAGCCUGCAUGUGUGUUCAACCUGAGUCGAGGGGCGAGCCCCUCACGCAGUGGCAACGGUGGAUUCCUGUGCGUCUUUCCCUGCACCAACGGUCUAGCAUCACGAGGCGGAUUAGCGGAAAAGGAAGGUACGCGAGCGCCACAGAACACCUCAAGAACAGAGAUGCGCACACAAGCAAGAGUCGCAAGUAGUGCCGAAACGGUCGAGGAGGCGUGUCGCCAGUACGCUGAGCAGUGUCGUCGCGAUGCACAGGAGCUUCAUAUAUCGAUUGAACAGCAGCGACAACGUGUAGGUGCGGCGCCGCGCAAGGUUGACAGCGUCUCGCCAAACAGCAUCACCCACAUCUCUGCCGUCAUCCUACCAACCCCUACGGGCGAGGUGGUUGGAUCUUGGAGCCAACCCUUUCCUCCCCACCCUCGAGAGUCCGAAAAUGCCUUGCCUUUCACGGCUAGUCUUGUCUACGAGCGAUCGCCUACCGUGGCGUCCCGGAUAAGCGCCCGCAUCAUCAGCCACAUGGACACAACAUCCAUUGCGGGCCGUUGCAGCACGUCCUCAGCCGUCUCAGUUGCGGAGGAAACAGGAAAGUUGAUCAUGAUGGCAUACCACAAUGCAGACUCUCCCCAGGUGAAUCAGCUACAUAUAAACACAGGCGCACUCGAUCUCAGGCAGUGCGUGCUGAGCGAUGCACCAGCGCACACGGCGUCCUCCGGUGUCUCGGGCAGUAGCGCGUGGGGCGACGAUGCUUCUAGGACUUCUAGUGACCUCUACACCUUAUCGUCUCUGCUAGAGUACCAAAGCGCAAUUUCGCCGCACCAGCAGGUGACUGGCAAGACGCCCACACCGCUAUCCUCCACCGAGGUAUUGCUGCUACCCUUUUCUACGCUCUAA